AUGCCCAAACGAAAGCGCGGAGAACCCAAUCUGGGAGAGAAGCUCGAGAAGAGCUGCAAUGACGUUUCAAAGGCUCUCAAAGCCGCAAAGGGUCUGGAGCGUCAGCGAUACAGCAAGAGACUUCACGAAGAUGGAGUCGAGCCUGCGAAGAAGGAAAGAUUGGAACGAGAGGUGACCGUCCUGAAGUCGCUCGAUCUUCAUCAAACCGCCCGCGCUCACCUGUACUCGUCGAUUCUUAAAGUCAAGGACCUCGCUGCAUCACCCAGCCUGCCCGAAGAGGUUCGCACCGGCGUCCCCAAACCCGAACUCACACCCGACGAACAAACUGCCCUACACAAUGUCACAAGUGGACUGUACAAUCGCGAGCUCGUCAAGCAAGCCAUCACCCGCGCCAUCGCUACAUUCUGCCAAGCCCUCGACGUCCCUCUGCCUGGAAAGGCGAAGCGCGUGCGAAAGAACAAGAAGGAAGAGAAAGAGGAGCAGCCGUCAGACAGGAUAGAAGAGGAACCCAAGGCAGAGGCGAAGAGUGCUAAGGAAGACGUGCGCGCAUCGAUUGAGAAGGAAGAAGAGGAUGAGGAAGAGUCGGAAUGGGGAGGUUUCUCGGAUAAUGAUGAUCCUGUUCAAGAACCCGAAGAUAUCGAUAGCGACGAUGCAGCGAACGAAGAGAAAUCUCUGUCGAAAUACGAUCAUCUACUAGGCGGAUCAUCAGGCUCAGAGGAUGACGAAGACUUCAUGAAGAAGUAUGCGCAGUUCAAGGGCAAGGAACAGGUUAACCUCGACGAUAUCUCCGUUUCCGGUUCAGACGCAGCACCCGACCUUGGCUCCGAAUCAGAAUCAGAAUCCGACGCUCAAGAAGAGAUGUCGGUGUCCGCAUCUCCUUCACCACCCCCAGCCAAGAAGAAAAAGGCCAAGGCAGCAGCACCCGCCACUGUUAGGGGCUCGACAUUCCUACCUUCACUCAUGGGCGGUUACAUCUCAGGCUCUGAGUCUGCGUCCGAUAUUGAUGUCGCGCCUCCCAAGAAGCGACUCGGUCAGAAACAACGACAGGCCAUCGCAGAGAAGAAGUACGGUAACAAGGCCAAGCACUUGCAAAAACCAGCUUGGGAAACAAAGCGCGGUCGUGAUUCUGGCUGGGAUGGCAAGCGCGGUGCUGUAGGACCAGAAGAUGGCCCGCGAACACCUUGGAAGAAGGGCAUUCGCAACCCUCUCUCUGGUGGUGCGAGGGUAGAGAGCAAGCCUGAGGUGAACAGGCCGCCGCCGAAGAAGGACGAUGAGGGACCGCUACAUCCUAGUUGGGCGGCGAGGAAGCAGGCCAAGGAUGCGGAGAAGACGGCGGCGUUUGCAGGAUCAAAGAUUACUUUUGACUAG